CGUUUCUCCUUUGAAAAUCCGAAAUACACAGAUCCUCACAUCAAGGCUAAUGCUCUUUUACAAGCCCAUUUCUCUAGGCAAGUGCUGGGUGGAAAUCUUGCUUCUGACCAGCAAGAGGUGCUUCUUUCUUCUACUAGGCUGCUUCAAGCAAUGGUUGAUGUUAUUUCCAGUAAUGGGUGGCUUAGUCUAGCACUUCUAGCAAUGGAGGUGAGCCAAAUGGUGACACAGGGAAUGUGGGAACGUGACUCGAUGCUUCUCCAGCUUCCCCACUUCACGAAGGAUUUGGCUAAGAAGUGCCAAGAAAAUCCAGGAAAGAGUGUAGAGACAGUUUUUGAUUUAGUGGAGCUGGAAGAUGACGAGAGGCGUGAGCUCUUGCAAAUGUCUGACUUACAGCUUAUGGAUAUUGCCCGGUUCUGUAAUCGGUUUCCAAACAUCGAUCUGACGUAUGAGGUGUUGGACAGUGAUAAUGUGAGUGCUGGAGACGAUGUAAGUGUGCAGGUAACCCUUGAGCGAGAUCUUGAGGGUAGAACAGAGGUUGGACCUGUUUUUGCACCUAAAUAUCCCAAAGCCAAGGAAGAAGGAUGGUGGCUUGUUGUCGGAGAUACAAAGAGCAACCAAUUACUGGCCAUUAAGAGAGUUACCCUCCAAAGGAAGUCUAGGGUCAAGCUAGAUUUUGCUGCGCCUGCAGAAGCUGUAACGAGGACCUACACACUCUAUUUCAUGUGCGAUUCUUAUCUGGGUUGUGACCAGGAGUAUAGUUUUACACUUGACGUUAAAGCGCCAAUGGGUGAAGAUGACAGUGGAAGAGAAUGAUGAUGUUUUUGUUUUUGUUUUUGAGAACUUCCCCGUAAAUGCUUGUUUUUAUUACUGUAGACAAGCUAGCGGUGAUUAGUUAUUUGUCUUUCUGUUGUACUAGAUGCUUCCUUUUUGAUAUGCCGGACUUCGAAUGGCAAUUCUGCAGAUGCUUUAUAGCUUCUAGUGAUUGGUCUGAAAUGUCGGUAAAAUGGUAUUGCCAUUUUAUUUGAUAUCACUGUUGUUUUUCUUCCCCGUUUCUUGAUCCAAUUCAAAUCAUCAAAAAUAUUUCAUUUCCCUUCGACGGGGCAGUA